AUGGCGCGCAAGAAACAGAAGCAAAAGCAAUCUGCAUCUCACCUCUAUGCCUCCUCGGACUCGGCAACCAUCGUCCAGAUAACACCAUACCUGUACCUCGGGCCUCGCACGGCAACGGAGCCCCGCACGGCGCUCGCGGCGGGGAUCACGCACGUCGUGUCCCUGGGCUGCCAGCCCGUGUCGCCGCGGUCGCCGGCGCUGGCAUACCACCGCCUGGGCCUGCUGGACGUCCCGGGGGCGGACCUGGGGGCGCCGGCGGCGCUGGCGGGCGAGAUCAUCAAGAAGGCGCGGCGGGACCCGGACGCCCGCGUGCUCGUCCACUGCGUCGGCGGCGUCUCGCGCAGCCCCGCCGUGCUGGCCGCGUACCUGGUGCGCAAGGAGGGCCUGAGCCUGCGCGAGGCGCUGCGCCUGCUGGUGAGCCGCCGGCCCUGCGUCCGGCCCAACGACGGGUUCCUCAGGCAGCUCCGGGACAUGGAGGCCGGCGCGCGCGGGGACGAGAGCAUGGAGGGCGUCGAGACGCUGCCGCCCGGGGUCAAGGAGAAGAGGGCGCUCCUCGGGGUUGAGGUGUGA